AUGACGCGCCGAGCACGCCAUUCCGCCAUCUCUUACGACUCGGACGCGUCUUACUCCCCCGAGAACGAAUUUGACGAUGGUGGUCUCUUUGACAAAGUUGAGCCCCUUCACUCGGAUACGUAUGCGGAGGCAACGGAUGUAGAGGACUUGAACUUCGAUGACGCAGACGGAUUCGUCGACGCUGACGUUGAAGACCAAGUCCAGCUCUUCGGUGGCAACGUUCAUCCACCUGAGUACUACCGGGAAGCCGUUGAGAAAUUCAACGAGACCGCCUACGAAGCUCAAGACUAUAGCGACGGUAGUCUACUGCUCCUCGAUGCCUGCGACGCACAAUGGCGCCAGUGCUGGGUUGUGACCCCCAAAAAUGUUUGGAGUCUGUCUCGAGUCCAGCUCCUGCGGCUUUUGUAUAACUUUUUUGACUGGUCCCUCAACCAGAAGGUCGCCUUCACGAAAACGUACCUCGGUGUCAAAGAUGCGAAAACAUUUCCUCUUCCAGAGACCUUGGCCGACCCUUCCUUGCUACUCAAUCCUCACAUCUUCCUGCUAGGCAUUCUUUUCCGCCAUCGCGCGUUCCGAGCAACAAGUCUCAAUUCACCCGCACAGCUUGCCAAUCUUGAUAUCCACCCUGAGGAGCGGGAGCUACCUCUGCCGCUCAAGGACGAUCUAAAAGACACAUAUAUAUUCCGACGGGCUAUGAAAACCUUUACCGGCUAUGAGCUAUCCCAGGACAAGCCUCUUUCUUACCAGAUGAUUGCACAAUGGAUCAGAAGGGUUGGCGAAAUAUUGGGGUUGGAAUACCCCACCAUCCCCUACAACUUGCGUUAUAAUGCGGCCAAUGAGUUCGAUCGAAGUGCUUCAGCCGAUAUCAGCGAGUCGCUGCGAAAUCUUGCUCUAGAUCACGCCAAUUCGAAUCCCUUUCAGAAGCACUACCUGGGACGGAGGUUUGCGCGGAUACUUGGGGUAUUCUCCGGCGACAAAAACCACAGCAGGCGCUCAUAA